CCGUAUACAUGUAUAGUAGCGUUAUCGCCAGACGUUUGUUUAGUCGAGGAAAUUCGAUAAAGAUAAUCGAUACAUGGUGGCAAGUUUUUUUCACUAGCAACAGGUGGAAAGGACAAUGAUUUGAACCAUAGUUUCUAAGGGGAAAAGUUAUGUACAGUCCUUCUUUUACAUUGGUUUUUAAUUACGUUUGGAAUGGCAUGCCCGCAUGAUACAAAUGUCUAGAGAAAAUGCGAUUUACAGAAUAACCUUGUGAGAAUUGAAGAAGGGGAAGAAGAAAAAAAGGGAAAAAACUCGAUGGCAUUCUACACACCGAAAAUCAAACGUCUCUUUUAUCUACUGUGUUUUUCCAUUGGAUUAUCAUGCUACAUUGUUAUGAAAUAUUACAACGAUAACGUCGAAAUCACGUUCCACAACACCAAAUCUCAUCUCGCGUGUACUUUACCGGAAGGACUUAAUCCAUUCGACACCGCUGCCAUGAAGUUUAUAUGGAGCGUCCCGCCGAUCAAAUGCGCGGAUUGGCCCUCGCUCGUCUACGUCGAUUCUCAGGGAUUGUUGCAGAAAAAUAAAACUGCCAUGUUACAUUACGCAGAAACCAGUAAUUUAACGUGUACGUAUCAAACUGUGAUUCGCAAAAAGGGGGAUAUGGAGGUUUCGUUAGGACCAAGAGUGACGUUCACAUCCGGGGUUUUAGUUCCGUCCGAUUUUUUUCACGUUGUGUGUGAAACUGCUGAUGGUAAAGAAAUAUACAACAAUAUGCAUCAUAGUAUUAAUAACAAGAAAGUUUUAGAAAGUGGGAAACUAAAGGAAGCUGAAGGUGACCAUUUUAACGUUUUCAUUUACGGAAUUGACGCUGUUUCGCGAUUACAUGCUGAGAGAAAAUUGCAGAAAACAAUGGAGUAUCUAAAGAGUGAAAUCGGUGCCUAUGUGUUUGAGGGGUAUACAAAAAUUGGAGGGAACACUUUUCCUAAUAUAGCCCCACUUCUGACCGGGAAGGCUAUUAGAGAGUUACCCAAAACAGAUGGUUUUUUGGACGACUUUCCAUUUCUUUGGAAAAACUUUUCAAACCUUGGCUACGCGACUUUCCAUGGCGAGGAUUGGCCGGAAAUUUCCACAUUUAACUCUAACCUUAAAGGCUUUUCGGAACAACCCGUUGACCAUUACAUCAGACCCUUGUUUUUGUCUUUUGACAAAGUGUCGUUUUAUAAGAAUAAAUUAGACCAAGCUCACAUGUUUCUAGCCGACAAGGGCAUUCGAAUCAACAGUCACGGGGGUUUAUGUUUCGGUAACAAGCCAAAGUUUAAAAUUAUCAUUGAUUACUAUAAACAAUUUAUUGAACGUUAUGGAGAGAAGUUAAAAUUUGCGCUCAGUUGGAACAAUGAACUGUGUCAUGAUUAUCUGAAUAAUCUUGAGCUAGGAGACGAGGACAUUUAUCAGUUUGUUCGCUGGUUGCACAAAACGGGAAGACUUAACAAUUCGGUCUUUAUCUUUCUUAGCGAUCACGGGUAUCUAAUGAAUGAACUUCAAAAUACGUUUGUCGGCCGGUUCGAGGCCCGUAUGCCUCUGUUUGCUCUCUCAAUCCCUCCUGGCAUCAAAACAAGAUACCCUCAUUUACAUAGGAAUUUACUACGGAAUUCUAAACGUCUUAUCACGGUUUAUGACAUUCACGAAAUGUUAACGGAUAUUCUACAUGCAAAUUUUUCACCGAAAAGAAGUGAAUUGUCAAAUGUUCAUCUUCGAGGAAUAAGCUUAUUCGAUGAGAUUCCUAAAUCGAGAUCCUGUAAAGAUGCUGAAAUUCCGGAACACUUCUGUCCUUGUUAUUCGUCGGACACGGUGUCUCCGGAGGACGGCGAAGUUCAGAAGAUUGCAACCCACGUCACUGCGAGAUUAAACGAGAGGCUGCGUCAUCUUCGAUCGCGCUGCGCGGAAUUAAAACUGCACAAAGUCAACAGUGCAUCCGUUGUUGACUCUAAUCUAGUCCAAACACAGUCAAGAUUCACUAUACGCAAUCUUAUUCAUCAAUCCGAUAUCGGAAGUAGGCUUAAAAAAAGGUUCAUUGUAACCAUGACAACAAUUCCGGGACAUGCGCAGUUUGAAUCGACUGUGGAGCUGGACAAGGUUGGUCAGAUGACUAUUUUAAAUGACGUCAUUGCGAGAACUAAUAGGUACAAAAACCAAUCAGCUUGUAUAUCAGAGAGAUUAUUGAAGCCCUUUUGUUUUUGUUCUCGACAAAAUGAAUAAGGUCAAAAUCAAGUUUGUUUACUGCAUACACAACAAAAAUAAGAGAGAGAGAGAGAGAGAGAGAGAGAGAGAGAGAGAGAGAGAGAGAGAGA